AUGCGGACAAGUCGCGAUGCCACGCAAGUCGGUGAAGGCGCACAAGCCCUGUCAGGUCGGCGGGCAGCCGCUGCGGCCUUGGCAUGCGUGAGCCGAGCAACUGUGGCUUGUGCACUCUUGGUGUCAGGAACCUUGUGGCGGUCACACACGACAUCCAUCCCUGAGCUUAUGCUCAACUCGGUGGCGCUCGAAGCCGUGCUGCACGUGGAUGAGUUCAUCUUCUCUGCCUUUGUGCCCACGCAGUUUCAGCAGCGAAUCCAAAGGGCCGACCCCUUCGCCCACACCUCCGAAGCAGCCAUGUUGGAGCUCAAUUCGCCGUCGGAGGACCCUGGAGGAAGCUUGCCGGUGGUGCAUCUGCCGCCUGCCACCCACGAGGAGGUUCCCACUGCUGGCUUGCCGGAUGUGGAUGACGAGGUGCAGGGACCACUGUCAUUUCGUGAGCAUCUUUGGGAUCGGUUCGAGCUCUUGUGGGCCCGGCGUGUGGCCCCGAGCCGAAAGAUGUUGGAGGGCUUCGUGGCGUGCAUGCGCGAGCGUGCACAACUCGAGCGACAGUAUGCCAGGGGCCUCAUGCAAAGCGUUGCGAAGUUGCAGCAGACGACCUCCGAAGGAGCCGUUCCGCUGCCCCUAGAGGCCGUGGUAAGCAACCUCCGCCACAGAGCAGAGCAAUGUGCAGAGCUCGCGGAGGAGUUGGACCAGGAUGUGGCAGACACUGUGGAGGAGAUGUUGGAGCAGCACGCGGAGGUGUCACGCCGACUGUACGCCGACGGUCUGUGUCUCAUGCGGCACUGGCACACUGUUCGCAAAGGCCACGAGGUUGCCGAGGAGAGGUAUGUACAGGCGUGCCGCGCGGCAGAACUCGAGGCCGUGCAGUGUGCCGCGCUCUCGGCGCUGAAGCCAGCUGAGUGGAAGCUCUCAGCGGAGAAGACGAUUCAGUCCUCCCGACAGGCCGUCGCUGCCGAGAAGGAGUUUCAAAAGACGCUGCACAAGUUCAACGCAUCUGUGGAGCUACAGGAGAAACAGAUGAGUUUGGUUCUGGAUGCUGCGCAGGACAUGGAAGAGAAGCGGGCGCUCUGCUUCAAGGAUGCCGUCAUGAAAAUCGCCGUCUUCGACACUUCCUGGUUGCGAAACGUGCAGUACGACAUCGACUCAUGCGUCCAAGCCCUGGAAGAAAGCGAUGGCGUGAAGGAACUCCAGGAGUUCAUCCGCCGCAACCGGACGCAGGUUCCCAUGCCUGCGAGCCGGGCUGCGAGGCCCCACUGGGAGCUGGCUGGCCGUCGAGAACCGAAGGCUUUCCACGAGCGGGAGCUGCAGCGGCAGAGACAGGAGGAGUUUCGUCCGCUUCUCCAUGGUCUCUUGGGCCGAGAAGGCGACCAGCUGCGCCUGCCAUCACAGGACGAAGUGGCCAGACUUUGCUCGCUCCUAGCCGGCACUGCCUCCCGCGAAGGUGCAAGCGCCCGGGAGCCCUCGGCGGUGGUCCGCGCUGGUUUCUGCGGAGCCCUCCGGGCCGAAUUGAACCCGACGGCGUCGGCCGACGUCCACGGCGAGCCGCCCUCCGCCGCCGUGCUGUGUCCGGAAGCUUUUGACCUGGCUACAGCGCUCUUCAAGGCCGCCACAGACGGUGCCGACGCAGAGUGCGAUGUGUGGAACGGCCGCGACUUGCUGGUGCUGUCGAAGUUCAUCCAGCUUCGUUCCAGCAGCGCAGACGACACAGAGGAGCCGCGAGACGACGUCCUCCUGCGCAUCUACGACCACCCGCUUUGGAGCAGGGUUACCUUUUGGGACGACCUCCUUCUUGCCGGCUUGGCUGAGGCCCACUUUCAGCUGGUGCUGUCCAGAUGGGCAGACCCCCAAGGCCUCUCCGGGUCGCUGUCCGGAUUUGCGACGUGCGUCGACGCGGCCUCGGCGAAGCGAGAAAUCCAGGAGGUGGUCAUGACGCCUUUCCUGCAGAGGUACAUGGCUUACAUGAUCUCCCUGGGCAUCAGCUUCCAGCAGGCAAAAGGGGCCACGACACGCACGCUGCAGAAGCACGUCGAGUUGUUGGGUACCAGCCACGAGGCAUAUCUCCGGCUCAUAACGCACGAUGCAGAGGCCAUACCACGAGCUUUCAGCGGCGAGGCAGAGAAGCACCCAAAGGAGGUGCCAGCCCCAAGCGCGGCGACGCCGAGCCCUUCGCAGGAGCCGCCCCAGGCACCGAGCCUGGCCACCCCGAACUUGGUGCAGGAAUCGAGAGGAUGUCCCGGCUGUGCCGACGGCCUCUCCGGUGUCGUCGCCCGCACUUUGCUCAGAACUGGCGUUCUGAAGGAGUGCAAAAGUAAGCUUGUGCGCAGUGUGUUGGUCCAUAUGUGCAUGCCAGCUAUGGAGCCAAUGUGGGAAUUCUCAAAGGGACUAGCCGACGAGCCUUUGACCUUGACGGAGGAGGACACUGUGGGAACCUAUUGCUGCGGGAAUCAGUAUUUCGUUGCUGACCCUCUGAGACUGGAGAAGAGGUUUGAUCAGGUGAUCGGAAAGUCGAUUUGCAGCACACGCUGUGAGACUUUCGAUCUCAUGCUCUGGCCCCCGGAGACGGAGGAGACUGGGGGGCUCCAGCACGCCUCCAGACUCCACGAGGCGCAGGGAAAGCUGAUUUUGGACCUGCUUAAAGGCGGUCCGAACCGUACCGGGCCGUCGGCAGAGGCGAAGGCUCAGCCACGGCAUCACCGCUCUGGCGGUGCAUUUGUUCCGACUGUCUUGCUGAAGCAGGGCGAGCUUUGGCUGGAUGUGAGUCAGAGGCAGCUGUCAGACGAAGAUUUGCUCGGCAUUCUGACGGAUCGAUUUUGUAAGGCCGUCCAUGACAAAGCGUCGACGUCGAGAUCCAUUGCGCCAGACAUGUGGUAUUUGAACAUCGACGUGAGCCAGAACCGGCUGACAGGCAGAGGGAUUUCGCUCCUCCUGGACCUUUUUGAGCGGCUCAACGACACGUUUCGUGCAGGUGGCAAGCCUUUCAUUGCAAGGAUAUUGCGCCUGUACAAGAAUCAUCUUGGCGACCCUGGAGCUCUACAGGUGGCCCGGUUUAUUACCGUCCAAAGAGCGCCGCUUCACGAGUUGCAUCUGAGCCACAACGAAAUUGGCCAAGAAGGGGCGGAAGCAAUUUUGUGUGCUUUCGGCACUCACCCCACAAGGAGCUACCCGUUCCAGCUGCUCAUCAACAAGUCUCUGUUUGGUGCCUGCUGGGUACGACUCGAGCAUAAUGUCAUCCCAGACCCGUCCGGCUUGCUCAAGGCAAUCGGCGAGCUUGGUAUUCGUAUCACUCCCACGACCGACCGGCGAGGCGGCGACUUCGGCCCAGGGCGUGCGCCCAACUGGGCUACGUCUCCAGACGUGGUGCCUCAUGCAGUCCUCUCCUGGCAGUAUCACCAGGUAUCUGCAGUUGCUGCCAACAGGAAUCCACGAGGAUCUACACCUCAAGAGCAGCACGCUCAACAGAUGGCGCAGGAUGCGGCGACUGCUCUCAAUAGUGCCUUCCUCAAGGGUUUGCUGAACCCGGCCCCCGCGGCGAGCGAGGGCGAGGACCUCUCUGCGGCCCGGCAAAGGCACCCCAGGGAGCCGCAGUUUUCCGAGAGCACAGAGCAGCGAGGUCUGCCAGCAGCUGCAGGCCCAAGGAAUGUUGGCCUCCAGUCUCCAAGUGGACAGCAAUCAGCCGGAGGCCAUGGAGCAAACAAAAUUGGUCGCCUGCCCAAGGAGGACUUGGACGAAGCUCCGGCAAUGCCUGCGAGCUCCGCUCCGGCGCGCAGCCAAAAAGGACAGAUCGCCGCCCGCGUGAAGGGAGCACUUCUGGCUGCCCAGGCCGCAGCGACGCCGCAGGCCGAUACUGAGGGGCGAGGCCCGCCGAUCGCUGCAGCCAGGCCUCCACCUCCUCCACCGAUUCAGACGACGCUGCUCUCAACCACACCUCCAGAUGCGCCCUUGACGCCCGAACGGGCGCAGGACGCCGUGCGCCGGGAGCCAGAGGGGCUUCGGCAGGCAAAGGAGGUGGUCGCGUCGUUGGACACCUGCAACGACGGUGAGGUCAUGGGAAGGUGGAUGCAGCACUUGGAGAGGUCACGUGAUCCUAUGAAGGAGGCGGAGAAGAUCAUGAAGAUGCUGCGCUGCCUGGUGAGACAGGGCUUCUGUGCCAGUUCGGCCGAUCGGCAAGCUGCUUCUUCGCCUGCAGUUGAAUGCGGUGCUCUCUAA